GUAUGGUAAAAACCACAAUCCAAAACCCCCCAAUGAGUUCCAUAUAAAUUCAACACCAUUUCGAGCUCAAAAACUCAUCCAAAUUCCAAUAUUACUUCCAAAUUUCUCCUUUGAGACAUUUCCUCGAACACUUAGCGUAAUGGGUAUUCGUCUACCGGAGAUCAUUCUUCACGCCAAGCAAAUUACUCACCGGCAAAUUGGAUUUGAAGUGAUGAAGCACCGACCGGCGUCGUCGGAUGUUCCGAAAGGCCAUUUCGUGGUCUAUGUUGGGGAGGACGAAAAAGAAAGGAAGCGAUUCGUGGUGCCAUUGUCGUACUUGAAGAAUCCUCUGUUUCAAGAACUGUUGAGUAAGGCUGCUGAAGAAUUUGGAUUCGAACAUCAGUUUGGUGGGAUUACUAUUCCUUGCGCUCAGGAUCAUUUUCUCGGUUUAACCUCUCGAUUGAAUACACCCAUAAGCUGAAAUUGAUCAGAAAUGAGAACCCAUUUGCCUCCAAGUUCGGAAAUGGUAGAACACUGUAAAUUAAUCGAUGAUAUUCUUAUAUUUGCGUUUUUUAUAAAUGGGUUUCUCCAACUGUAGGGGAAAUCAUUGAUGUAUUCUUUUUAUUAUUGAUUCAAAGUAAGUUUUGAAAAUCCUCUUCCGUUUAAUUCAAUGUCUGAAUCAAAUGAUAAUUUAUGAA